AUUAUGGCUUCCACACCAAUGGAUCUCGACGAUGCGCCGACAUCAGCAGCUACCCCGUCGCUGAAUAUCGCACGAACAUUGGGAGCCAAUGUGCCCAGCACCACAGCCGUCAGCGAAGUCAUCCCAUUGUACCGACCAACCAAACUGUUUCAGCGAGAUGAUAUCAAAGACGGAAAACCCCGGCCAUACGUGUUGUCCAUCGACUUUGACGACCCGGGCGAGCUUUGCAUGACGUCGGAGAGCGACGAGACUAUUCAAAUUUACAACGUGAAGGACGGCCGCCACGACAAGAGUUUGUUGAGCAAGAAGUAUGGCGUAAAGCUGGCCAAGUUUACCCACACGAGCUCGAGCAUCAUCUAUGCCAGUACCCAGCAGAAUGACGCGAUCCGCUACCUGGCGACCCACGAUAACUCCUUCAUCCGCUACUUCGAGGGUCACGAAGGUGCAGUCACCAAUCUCGCCCUGCACCCCGGCUCCGACAACUUCAUCUCGUGCAGCGUCGACAACACGGUUCGGAUAUGGAACAUUGGGACGAAGCAGUGGAUCGGCAAACUGCUCCUGAACACGCCAUACCUUUCGGCCUGGGAUCCGUCCGGAAAUGUCUUUGCCGUCGCCUCGCCGGCUAGCGGAAGCAUUCUUCUCUACGACUAUCGCAAGUACGAGAAGGGCCCAUUCUCCGUCUUUGACGUGCUGAAGGCCCGGGGGCCAGCCGAUGCAGAGGCUGCUUUUAGAGGCUGGACGAAACUUGAGUUUUCCAACGAUGGGAAGCAUUUGCUCCUGGGAUCGAAGGGCGACGGCCACUUCCUGCUGGACGCGUUUGAUGGAAGCCUGAAGGCGUACUUGAAGAAGCCGGGCGCCAGCACGAGGCGAUUGGCUCCGGGAGAGACCGACGGAGGCAACGUGGAGAGCAGCGGCGAAUGCUGCUUUGCCCCCGACGGACGCUACGUCUUGAGCGGUGCGAAGUCAGACCUUCUCGUGUGGGACACGCUCAUGACCCCCGGAAGCGACAAGGUACUUGAGCCGGCGCAUGUUCUGGAAGAGAAGCGUGAGAUGGCCGUGGUGGCGUACAAUCCCCGGUACAACAUGAUUGCAACAGCAGAUCAAGAACUCAUGUUUUGGCUGCCAGACCCCAAUGCAUAG